AUGGGCAUCAGCGACCCACCAAUACAGCCCGGACGAGGCGGAGCUCAGGCGAUGGAUGAGAAGGGCUUCUUCGACGACCGAGUUCAGACAUCUAACAGUGGCGAAUAUGAAGAAUCUCACGUGCAACGCAAGCAUGCGGAACAUGCUAAAGAAUCUCCAGGCGUCGCGCGCAUGGCGGCCAUUGCAAAAGUCGUGACCACACCGAAACGAGUGUCUUUCUUUGUGAGUAUCUUCCUGGCCGGCUAUGCAUUUGGAUUGGACUAUCUCGUCCGCAACACCUAUCUAGCGUACGCCACGGCGUCUUAUCAACAACACUCUUUGUUGGCCACCGUCAACGUUGUCCGGGGAGUCAUCGUUGCUGCCCUCCAACCCUCGCUGGCAAAGCUGGCCGACGUUUUUGGCCGUGUCGAAGUCUUUGGCUUCGGUGUGGUUAUCUACACUGUGGGCAGCAUCGUUGAGGCUUGUGCCAACAAUGUGCAAAGUUUCGCAGCUGGAGCACUUCUAUACCAGCUAGGGUAUACAACGUCACUCUUGAUGAUAGAGAUUAUGAUUGCGGAUGUUACGUCGGUGAAGAAUCGACUCUUCUUCGCCUUCAUGCCCAACUUCCCCUACUUAGUCAAUACCUGGAUUAGCGGGAACGUUACUGCAGCAACCCUAUCGACAAUGUCCUGGAAAUGGGGCAUUGGGAUGUUCUGCAUCAUCUAUCCCGUGUGCGCUGCACCCCUCAUUGUGCUCAUGGUUCUUCUCGGGCGUCAAGCUCGCAAAUCCACUCCUGAGAGACGAUACCCUCCAUUGCUCCAGUCACUCAAGGGCCUCUUCUGGGAGCUUGACAUUACAGGCGUGGUGUUGCUGACCGCUUCCCUGGCCAUGAUCAUGAUUCCUUUGACCCUGGCUGGUGGGGUUGGCGAAAAAUGGGACAAUGCUGGGAUAUUGGCUCCUCUGAUCAUCGGCAUUGCGUUGCUGCCUGCUUUCCUACUCUGGGAAAGCAAAACAUCUCACCCAUUACUGCCGUUCUACUUUUUCAAGGACCGUAUGGUUUGGGCUUGCUUGGCGUUAGGUUGCUUCUGCACUUUUGCAUACACGACUCAUGCCAACUACUUGUUCACCCUGCUUGUUGUAUCCUACGAUUUCAGUAUUGGAGCUGCUACUCGCAUUGCGUCUGUCUAUGGGUUCUGCGCGGUCCUCUCAGCCGCUAUCUUGGGUUUGAUCAUCAUGAAAGUGCGCCGGCUUAAAGCGUUUGUUCUCUGCGGAGUGGUGGCUUCAUUCAUAGGAAUCGGUCUGCUGAUCAGAUAUCGAGGCGGUCCUGAUUCUAAAGCCGGUGUCAUUGCCGGAGAAGUUUUCGUUGGCCUUGCAGGGGGGUUCUUCCCGUAUCCGAGUUUGAUUCUUAUUCAAACUGUUGCGAAGCACCAGCACAUCGGCGUUUUGAUAGGUCUCAUGUUUACCGUCAACAACUUGGGUGUGGCCCUUGGAAGCUGUGUGUCAGGCGCCAUCUGGACACAGACUUUGUACAAGGAACUCAACAAAAAUCUAGCACCAUUCAACAACGCCACUCUGGCUCCAGCCCUUUACGCGGCUCCUUUCUACGUCGUGCCCGAAUACCCUAUCGGCUCUCCGGAGCGAGACGCCAUCAUCGUCAGCUACAGAUAUAUUCAGCGCCUCCUGACAAUUACGGCCGCGGGACUUACAGUUCCCGUGUUCAUUGCCGCUGUUUUCUUGCGGGACCCGAAACUGGCAACCGAGCAAACGCAGCCGGAAGUGGAGCAUCGAAAUUCGAAAGUCGAACACCCAGAAACGAGAGAUAGACCCUGGGCGAGCAGGUUGUGGCAGGCUUUCUGGAGUUAG